UUUUUUUGAUAUACUUUUUUGCACAUCUGCUGCCAUAGUACGUGAAGCAUUGAUGCUGCUGUGGCGCUUCAACUGGCCCGGCAGGGGGCACUAGCAGUCCAGCUGUUGCUUUAUCCUCUGGAUGAUUUUUUAUGAGUAUUUUAGGGUGCACGUCUGCUAUUUUAUUGUAUUACACUGUGUUUGUUUGUUUUUGUUUUUAAAUAUGAGUGCCAGUUCGACGCUGCCGCUGGCGAGCCUGCUCGUGCUUCUCUUCAGCGCCACGUCCCCCGGCGGGCCGUACGUGAUCCUUAAUUCGGUCUCGUGGGCCGUCACUGACGAGGUGGAAGAAGAGCUGGACGGCGUUUCCAAUGAGGACACCCUGCCGGCCCUCCUGCAGGAGGACACCAGCAACAUCUGGAAGCAGACGUACCCGACCUCGGAGGAGAAGAGCGCGUCGCCCAGAACCCGAGAGCCCCAGCCGAUCCCCCGCACCUCCAGGAUGUUUUCGUACCGGAGGGAGGUGGGAAAAGCAACGGAAUCCCCUACUCCUCCGCCGCCGCCUCCUCCUCUUCCUCCACACGAGGAAGCAGCGCAGAAUGCCCGCUCCCUGGUGCACCGCAGCAUCUGGGGGGUCCUGGCGACCACUGCUACCCAGGAACCGAUCAAAGGCGUACCACUUGGCAAUGUUUUCUGCAUAAGCGAUGGCCUUCCAAACAAUGGCACAGGAAUCCCAUUUUUCUACAUCCCAUUAAAGGACAGCAGUGUCGUGGAUAUGAUAAGCAACCCAAUGGCUACUCUUACUCUUUCUGACCCAGAGGGCAAUUACUGCAGAGAAGAUGCAACAGACCUAGAAGACCUGAAGUGUAACAAAGUGACCUUGAUGGGUAAAAUGGUACCAGUAGAGGGAGAGGAAGUUGAAUAUGCUAAAGACGCUCUGCUUUCCAGACAUCCAGUUAUGAAGAAAUGGCCUUCUGAUCAUUACUGGUUCUUCAUGAAGUUAAAUGUCGAGCACAUCAGGCUGCACAGCUGGUUAAGAGGAAUGUCCUUAAUUUCACCAGACGAAUAUUUUAAGACAACACCAAAUACAACCUAAUCAUCCUUCUUCGCCUUUAAGGUUGAGUGACUCAAAAGGUGGUUUUUCCAUGCAUGUACUUAUGAGUUGGGAAACUGAAAUUGUAUUUUGAAUUAGAUUUUUUUAUUGUGCACAUAAAGGCUGCUUGCCAUUAUUUUAAAAUGAUGCCUCGUGAUGCAAAACAAAAAGAGACCUAGCUGUCUUUCUACUGCCAAAGCUUGUCCUGCUACUUUCAUUUUCAUCAUGAAAACUGAUUGGUGCAUUUACAAUGUACAGUAUGGUUCAAUUCAUAACUUUCUUAGAAGGACUAUUGUUACUACAAAAGCACAAAGGUUUAGAUCUCUGUUGUGUUUGAUGUCAUUUUCAAAAUUUGUGCAGAGUUGUGAAGCAUCAUCAUUUUAAACAACAGUGCAAGAACAACUGGAUGGACUUCCUAUCCAUCAGUUGGCCAGACUCACAGACACUGGGCCAAUUCAUAGUCACUAGCCCACAUGUUUGUGUGUUGGUGGUCUGUAUAAUAAAUUUAUUAUAAACAUUUUUGGCUUCGUUCACACAUCACACUUAUAGAAAGUUUGGUACAUUUUUAAACAAUCAACAUCCAAGGGACCUGAGCCCAACCACCAUAAUGCAAGUGCAGAGAAUCAAAAUUUGAUUGUUAUUAUGCAAACAAGAGUCAGUUGCUUAAGUAUCCUACUCUAGGGCCUUUUCUGGUGAUUGGUGAGAUCAUUUUAUGACAGAUUUACCAUAGAGUGACUGUAACACUACCAGACUUGCCCACAUCCAGGAAUGGAAUGGCUAUCGGGACUGGUGGGCCUCCCUCUCUCAGUGGGGAGUGCUUUCUGGCCAAAUACUAAUAGACAGAUCAGAAGAGUAAAUGAAUAAGCAAGUAAGAGAGAAACGUGACUUGAGUGGGUCGCUCUGCAUUUUCAGUGGAUCUCUCCAAUAAUUUAAGUCUAGUAACUGCUGAGGUGUCCCCUAAAGCCCUAACCUAACCAAAGCAAAGAAGAGGGAAGUGCAAGACAAAGAUAAGAGGAGAGUAUGGAGAAAAUGUCAUUAUGAAAAUCAAACGGGUGAAGUCUGAAAACUAAGGGAAUAAAUAUUUAAAUCACAGCAAUGUGUAAGAAAAUUAGGGAUUUACAAUAUACGCCAGGGACUGCUGCAUAGUCAGAAUGUAAAAGUUUUCAGCUCUGGAGCUCGCUUACUGUGACCAAUUACAGUGACAUCACAUUCAAGUCAAGAUAGUUCAUCAGAACACUGAAAUUAACUGAAAUUUUAAAUGAUUUAUUAAGCUACAACUGCUGUGGUGAAAAAGCAGAAAUACGUUAUUGCCAUCCGGUAUUAAAUGAGAUAGUGUUAUAGUUUUACUGACCUUAUAAAUCCCGUUUAAUUAAAUUUAACACAUUUCAGUCAAAAAAAUCAAGCAGAGUGUGUGUUUUCCUUUUAGCUUGAUUAUGCUUGAUUUUGUCUCUCAUUUUUUUUGGAACAAAAUGGUUGUUCUUCUGUAUUUUCUCACACAAAUGUAUUUUUGAUUGAAUUGUGUGUUACAGUAUAUGUUUUAAUUAAAAUAAAAUUUAUAAAAAUUUAA